GAAUUGGUGUCUCGAUUUCGGGCUGUUGGCGUCUCUUCAAAAAAUGACUGAAAGUCGUUUUCCGACUGAUAAAAGAAUUGUUUACAUCUCUCCUAAAGAGCUUUCCAGUCUGCCAACAGAUGGACCGAUUUAUGUACUAUCAACUACAGAAAACCCAGAACCCAACCAUUUAGCAAGUUGUAGUUCAACUCAACUUGGUGCAUCUAGCCAGGAUUCAUCUUCGAUCACUUGUUCAGCGUUUUGUUCAACUUCAACUUCAUCUACCAACAGUUCAAAUUAUUUUAAUAACACAUUGGUUCCAUAUUCAUUCCCUUAUCAUGCUAACAUUCCAUAUCCUACUCCUGUUGUUUCAACAAACUUAAUUCUUCCUUAUGGAUUCUGCCCUCCUUUUCAACUUCCACAUUUUGUCGGUUCACAACCAGUUUCAUGGGUAACACCUGCUUUCCCGAACCACACUUUAUAUCCCCCAAGUGCCAAUUUAUUCCCAGCAUCUGGUCAAUACAUUCACCCCUACCAAAAUCUCCCUACUUUCCAACCGAAUGUCCCAUCAAAUUCAUACUUCCAAACAUUCAAUCCUCACAAACCGCCUCCGUCUUUCAGUUUACCUCAGGUAACUUCGAAGUCCAGCAACACCGUUCUCAUUCCUAAUUCUGCUGCAGUUUUUACUAUUAAUAAUACCGUUACAUGUGUCGCGAGUGCUAUGAAUACUAACAAUACUAAACAUUCUUGUUCAUUCAAUCGAUCAAACGAAGAAAAUGGAUUUUCAGAACCGAAUAACUCGAAAAGUGAAUCAACGUCAUCAAAACAAUCGCAUCCUCUACGGUAUACCAAACUGAUCUACGCUUCGGAACUUGAUUACUUUGCUUUUGACAAUAGUACUGGGUCGUAUGUAGCUACACGUAAACUUAUUGAUUUGGAAGAUCGAUUUGAAAAUGAGGUGAUCGCUCGACGUCAUCGUGCUACUUUAAAUGAUCCAAUAAGACAGCCUCCUGAACGUCCUGCAUUGUCGGAUAGUGAGCAUCGACGUAAUUCCCGUACUUCACAUCUUCAUCGUUCGAAAAAGUCGACCCACAAAUGUGAUACAGUGAAUUCAAUGUUUGAUAAUAAUUCCGAUAAUGAUGAUGACUACUUGGCGGCUAUCGGUGAUAACGCAGAAACUUCAAAAGAAGUUUGUUUAUCGACUGAAUCUAGAAAUAAGAACUUAUCUAUCGAUCAUACAAAACACUCAAAAUCAUCACCAUCAUCAUCUAAAUCUCAUCAUCAUUUACGUAAACAUAAAGUCAAUAAUUAUGAAUCUAUUUGUGCAUCUAAUAAUAGUAUUAGUAACACGAGUAAUAAUAGCAUUUUAAAUUCUGAUUAUCACACUGUCAAUGGCCAUUCCAUAGGUCAACGUAGUAUAAGACAACAGCGUGAAGUCGCUUAUAAAAUUGAACAUCCUAAUCGUUUACAUCCUGAUAUUUGGCAUAAUGAAGCUAACGAGUUCAAUGAUGGUCCAGCUUGUUCUUGUAAACCGAAGUAUCGUAUUGGACCAUUACACAAUCAAUACGAAGGUGAACAGCCUAUUCCUCUAUGUAUUCCAGAAUCAAAUAAUCAUGAUCGUCUUUAUCAUUAUCGUGUGAUUAUAUCACCGACAACUAAUUUUGUUCAACCAAACCCAUCGAAAAUUACUCAUAAUGAACAUGAUUAUCUAUUUGAUGGUUUUUCACUGUUUAUGCAUUAUAAAUUAGAUAAGCCGCCUCCAUGUCAAGUUCUACGUUUCAAUCUGUUAUAUGAUAUUUUCCCAAUUGAAGAGGAAUUCCCUCAGUAUUUUACUGUUCGUUCAUUAGAUCUACUCACACAAUAUGUAUUCAUUGAAUUACUGGAGUUGUUAGAUUUAAACUGGAAACCAUAUGGAGCAAAGGAGAGCUGUAAUGUGAUACAUUUAAUGCCAAGAUUUAUACGUAUUUUGUCAAAUCCUGCUACUACUACCAAUGAUAAUUUUUCGAUUACAAAUACUGCCACUACUACUAACAAUAGCAUUUCAGUAGAUAACAGUAAAGAACAUAAUAUCGAGUCAAAUAAAUUAGUCGUUUGUAUCGGUGAUAGUAGUGACAAUAAUACAGUAAUUGGGGAAUUACUACCCGUUCAUGUAAUAAUGCGACACUGGUUAAAAGAGGCACUGACUCCGGUAAUUAAUAUGAUGGAAUUAUCUUCAAUACAGCGUAUGACUACAAUUGAAUGGUCAAAUCAUAUCGCUAAUUUACGAGGCACAUUAGCUUGCUUUCCAGGCAAAAAACCAUCAACUAUACGCAUAGAUCAAUUAGAUCGUCAAUCUGUAACAGGUCAAUCAAAUGAAACCAUAUUAAUUUAUCCACUCAUAGUACACAUGACUUAUACACCAAUGAAAUUAAGUUUAACGCGUGAACCAAAGUAUAAAUCUGUACUUAAAAAUUUUAUGAAAUUACAAUAUUUAAUGAUGAAUAAGCCAAGAAUUAGUACUUCUGAUCGUGUACAGUUAGUACAAUUAGCCAGUGAAUUAGAAGAGAUGGAGCAUUCUGGGGUACAUCGACGUGAAGUUACUGUAGAGAUUAGUUGUGAAGGCUUUUAUCGAACUGGAAUACGACCAGAUAUACCACAAUAUGCAUUAAAUUUAGUCUCAUUAAUAGCUCACCUACGUUUUCAUAAAUCGUUGGAAAGUUUGGAGAAUCGUUUGGGAUAUACAUUUAACGAUAAGUCUUUACUACAUCAAUCCCUUACUCAUCCAUCAUAUCGGCGAACAAAUUUCGGUACAAAUCAAGAUCAUUUUCAAAAUUCAUUGGUUAGCUGCGGUCCACGUAUUUUAGAAUAUGGUGAUAAGCUAGAGUUAUAUAAGGCAUGGCGUAAAAAGGGUUUGACUAAAAUGAUACAAGUUAUGUCAUUUCUACCAAAAAUGCAUGAAGAACGAUCGAAUAUUUAUGGGAAUGAACGAUUGGAAUUUUUAGGCGAUGCAGUUGUUGAAGUUAUCUCCAGUAUCCACUUAUUCUUUAUGUUCCCUGAAUUAUCCGAAGGUCAUUUGGAUGCGUACCGGCAAGCCAUCGUUCAAAAUCAACACUUAGCUGAAUUAGCUGUUCGUCUUGGCAUUCAUAAAUACUUGUUGUAUACUCAUAGUGUAGACUUUUGUUAUGAUUCUACAUUUAUCUACGCUCGAUCUGAUGCAUUUGAAGCUUUAAUGGCUGCAAUCACUUUAGACGCUGGACUUGAUAUUGUUGAUAGAAUAUUUGGUGCUGUUCUAUUUGGCGAUGAUGAAAGAAUUCAUCGUGUUUGGGUACAAAUCCCAUUGCAUCCAUUACAAUCACAAUGCCCUGAAGGUGAUCGAUCAUGGGCAACAAAAGUUCCUAUGCUUAAGAAAUUGUGUACAUUAGAAGAUACUUUGGGCAUAACAUUUAAACACCUACGUGUACUUGCUCGUGCUAUGACUAUACGGAAAACUGGUUUUAAUUUUUAUACAUUGGGAGAUAAUCAACGUUUAGAAUUUCUUGGUGAUUCUUUGUUGAAAUAUGUGUCAACAGAUUAUUUAUUUCGACAUUUUCCACGACAUCAUGAAGGACAUUUAUCAUUGUUAAAAAAUUCACUAGUGAAUAAAUAUACACAGGCAUCUGUAUGCAGUGAGUUAGGCUUAGAAAAUUAUGUUAUACGUCGUGAAGAUAAUAGUAUGCAUAAAUACGAUUGCAAAAUUAAUAAUAACAAUAAUACUAAUAAUAAUAACAUAUCGAAACAUUCAAAUCCGUCUUGGAAUACUAAUUAUAUAAGUAGUCAAAAUUCAAAUAUACUCAAAUCUAAACAAAAUAAAAAAGGUGGUCAAAAACAAGUUAUUAAUUCAGAUGGAAAUAAAAAUGGCAAUUGUAACAAUACACAAAAUCAAAAUGUAAAAUACAGAGCUGAUUUAUUGGAAGGUAAUUAUGAAUUAUGUUUACUGAUACCAUCAUCAUCAUCAUCAUUGUUUUUGUUGUUGUUGCAAAACUCAUUUGCAAAGUAUAAUAUGUAUGUACUCAAUCUAGUGGUAUGGCAUAUUUUGUUUAUAUGUAGUAAAUGUUUAUUCAAACUGAGCUUUAGGUAGAAUGGGAAGUCCAGCUGUAUAUCACAUAAUGAUUUAAGGUCAAAUAUUUUAGUUAUGAAGUCUUGACAGGAUCGAACAAAACAGUCUAUCGUUUUAUCAAGAACUGGGCUUUAAGAAAUUAGAAGAAUAAUUGACUGUCAGCAUCUUGGACACACAACAACAUUAUGAGCAAUUUUGUAUUUUUGAUGAUCAAUCACGUGAUAAAUUUUGUACUCUGAAUACUUUAAAUAGUCUCUUAGUCGCGUGAAAUCUUUGACUUGUGAACACCUCCUUCCUUUGACGGAAAAAAUUAGGCGAGAAAUAUGAAAACUGUAUUCCAAUAAUAAAAUUAUGUUCAGGAAACAAAGUUAUUUAUAGGAUUACGUUGAAAUUCUAAGUUUUGAGAAAAAUUCCAAGAUUGGUAACAAGUUUGUGAUAAUUGUUUAAUCAAAUUGACUCAUGAUCUCAACCAUUAAAAUUACUAUAAUAUCCACAAAACGCCUUCUGAUACUAAGCGUAAGCAAUUGUCCUUUCUUAGACAUGUCCUAUCAUGUUGGAAUGUCCAAAAUAUUCGUAGAUUUUUUCAAUGACUUCUGAAGAGUUUUUUUGAGGAGUUACGCUAUGGCUUCUAACAUUGUAGGUGCUCAUUGUGUUGACAAGUCUCAGAUUUAAGGAACAAUAAACAUUUCAUCCUGUUUGACAGUGUUUCUCAGAAUGAAGCUAAUUCGCAGCGAAUAUCACAUAGAUGCUAAUGUACGUAUAUUUAUUUUCAGAUGUUCAAACUGAAUUAAAAUGUUUGAGCGUUUAUAACUACAAUUUGAUUAGUCAUUUUUUAGUGUCGUAUACAAUUAACUUGACUAAAAAUCGUAAGUUUAUAUCAAUUUUAAUACAUAACAGUGAUUGUAUGUAAUGUUGUUGUAAGUUUAUGACUCCAUAAUAUCAAUGAAUCAAGUGUUGUUUGAAUGAAAUAAUGUGUUAUUAUAAUUUGACACUGUUCAUACUUUGAUUUCAUUUGUUCGUUUGUUAUGACUAUUUCCAUUACACGACGUUAAAAUUGCCUUAUUUAAAGCCUCACAUUGCAAAAUAACGUUCGUUACAUAACUGUUAAAAAACAGAUAGUACUGAAUAGUUGCUUUGUUCUAGUCUACAGGAAUCUAAGCUUUGCUAAUUGACGACUCCACAGAGUAUCAAACUUAAGGCCUCCAAGUCUCACACCAACCAUCUAACUUUCAGACCAUUAAGCUAGCGCAUACAAUAGUUUAAGCCAUUAACUAUUAAUUCACAAUACUGUACGACUCAUCAAUUUCUAAUAUUUAUCACAUAUCCGAUAUCGUUGAUCUGUAGUGUCGGUUGCUAUGUUAAGCCCACACAACUUAUUCUGGUUUCUGGAUAAACUAGUUUAUUCUUCUCGAAUCACAUUUUGACGUCAAUUCGCUUAUCAUCUUUGGCUCUUUUUAUAUGAGCGUGUGUGCACCUCUUAUCCUAUUCAUCACAUAUCUGUAACUUAUUUUAGUCUAACUAUAAAUAUUGAUUAACGCUUGGCUAAAUUGAGUUGCUUCACACGCCAUCUCCACUACGCGUUAUUUCGCUUCGCUUUAUUCUUUUCGCUUCUCUAGUCUUUUGUCUAGAUCAUCGAUUGUAUGAAAUAUACGUAUUCGAAAUUCAUUCUCGUAUUUGACUUAUUUAAUUCCGCUGUUGACCAACACGACUUAAGUCGAUGAUAAUAUACGAGAAUAGUCAGGAUGUAUAUUUCGACAGUAAUUAUUUGAUAGCAAUCAGAAAUGACCCAAAUGGAGUCAUAUAUAGGGCCUCUAAAUGAUUGUACUAAUUACGACCUCCCAGCAGAAUUCCGGGAAUUAUCUUUUAAAAUCAACGACUAUUCAGUAUAUGGUGGUUGUUAUUGUAGGGUGUUGUAGAAACUGUUGAAUUUUAGGUUUAAUAUCAUGAACUGAAUUAUUUUGCUGUUAUUAGUGUUGCUUUGACUUUUUCCUUUUUCAUCUUCCUUAUUGGUGUGAAAUGCAGACACACACUUUGUCUACUUACUGUCUAUCUGACUGACAGAUUAUCAAAUAACUAUUAUGCCAUAUAUCUAUAGUAAUAUAACAAUUUUAAUUCAUAACGUUUAAAAAACGCCCAUUACAUAAUACCACUGUUUCUCUCUUUUCCCUCGUCAUAUUUUUAAAAUUUUCGCUUUAGCAUUUAUUGGUGCAUUAUUUGUCGAUAAAGAUUUAACAUGGGUUGAACGUUUUUGUCAAAUAUGUUUUUGGCCACGUCUUGUUGAGUUUAUUUUAAAACAAGAAUGGAAUGAUGCCAAAUCAAAAUUACAACAAUGUUGUCUUACAUUUCGUUCAUUAAAUGAAGAUCCAGAAAUUGCACAUUAUAAAGUUUUAGAACAUAGUGGGCCAACUAACCAACGUGUUUAUCGUGUUGGUGUUUAUUUUCGUGGUCAACGAUUAGCAACUGGUGAAGGUCGGUCUGUUCAACAAGCUCAAAUGGAAGCAGCUAAAAAGGCAUUGGAAUUACAUCAAGAUACAUUUCGUCAAUUGGAUUUUCAACGUUCAGUUAUUUCAAAACGAUAUAAACAACCUUAUAUUAAUAAAAUAUUGGACCAAGUACAAAAUUGGGAUGAACAAUUAGUGGAAUAUUUUAUUUCAGAUAAACCUACAUCUACAACAGUUAUGUCGACCUUGACUUCAAAUACUACUACGAAUAAUAAUAAUAAAAUUACUCCUAUAAAUACUUACAGAAUGAAUAAUAGUGAAAACCAAACAAUGAAACGAUCAUUUCUAUCAAACCAUAACGAUGAUAUUAAUGGAGAAGAAUUAUUAUUGUAUAGAAGUACUAAACGUCGUUGUUUUGACAAAAACAUUCCUAAUCAAAAUGCAUGUACAAAUGAAAAAACAUCAUAUCUCUCCACCGUAUUAUCAACAUCAAGAUAUGGCGCUUCUCCUUCAAUAUAUCUAUCAUCACAGACGUCAACUUCAACUAAUAAUAAUGAGGAGGAUAUUGCAAUGAUCGACAGUAAAACAGAACGACUGAACGCGGUGGAAGACAUAGAAAAAGGGAACGAAUUGUUUGUUGUAUUAAAUAACAACGACAAUGAUGACGUCGAAGACAAUAUAAACGGAAAAGAUGAAGAAGAAGAAGAAGAAGGCGAGAUUGUAGAAGACGAUGAUGAUGACUUUUGUGAUGAUUCUAGUAAUUAUAUUCCGAAUGAGAAACAUUGUAAAUAUAAAUUACAUUUAAAAUGAAAAAAGAGACAAAACAUUGGAACAUUGUGUAUCUUAAUUGUUGUAAAUACUACUAUUAAUAAAAGUAAUAAUGACAGAUGCCAACCUUAAGUGGUCGGAUACAUUUUACUCUUUCCAUUUGUUCGGCUUUUUCUUUUCUUAAAGUCAACGAAUUAUGCGGAUUUUUCUUCUUGGUUAUUGAGGGAAGAAAGUGAUCAAUGUAAGUUGAACUAUUGUUUUAUAUUUUUACGAACUUAAUUAUGUUACGCAAUUUUGUAUUGUAGAUAUAUAUAUAUUUAUAUCGCUG